AUGCUUCUUAAAAAGUUAAAUAACGAGUUGCUUACUGCUAUUGCUGGUCACCUUUCCGACGAGGAUCUUUAUCAUUUUUCUCUCACUUGUCGCAAGCUACUGCUUGUUGCCCAUAGCGACGCUGUCUGGAAAGAAAGACUCUACAAUGAUUUUGGUAUCAACUAUAAGGUACCAACAGAAAGUUGGAAGGACAUGUAUGUCCGAAAAGCAGAGGAUCCCCAAAACUCAAAAUUAUGUCCUCAUAUUGGUCAUGUUACUGGAAAAGUGCUGGAGCCUUACGCAGUCAAAUAUCAACAAGUAUUGAACUGGUUGCCAAAGAACCUCAAUUGUGCUACUUGUGGCACUAAUUGCGCAGAUUCAGGCUUGUGUCUAUAUGUGUGGAAAGGAAACGUCAGAAAUCGUAAGUAUAUUUUUCUUUCUUUUGUAGCUGAUUUAUUUCUAUGA